AUUGUAUCGUGCUCUAAUGGAUCGUAGUUGAUGAUCAAAUACGUAACCUUAGGGUAUCGGUGUACUGUCUCUUGGAAAUACCGAACUAUCUUCCUAGGACAUCCUAUCUCUUAACGGUGUACCUGAUGUUAGACAAUUACGGAUUACGGAUCACAACAUAUUAAACCCGAAUCGCAACAUAUCGCGACAGGUAGAAACGAUGAGAAACCUUACUUCGCUCCCACGGAGCCUGCUAUUGUUACUUUUAGCUGUUGCGCCUUCAAUCGCAGCUCCUCAACAAUGGCAGCCAGCUGGACAAUCCGUAUUACAGCAACAACAGCCAUCUAGCUCUGGCAAGAGAGGAGCUGUCGCAUCCGAGAGUAAAGUUUGUAGUCAAAUCGGCAUAGACCUUCUUGCCCAAGGUGGUAAUGCCGUCGAUGCCUGGAUUGGCACUCAAUUAUGUGUCGGUGUGAUUGGCAUGUAUCAUUCAGGACUUGGGGGUGGAGGCUUUGCUCUUAUCAGAGACAGCAAUGGCAACUAUACAGUCAUCGACUAUCGCGAAUCUGCGCCCAGUGCCGCGUCUGAAAAUAUGUAUAAGGAUAACGUAAUAGGUAGCGUCUUUGGUGGGUUAUCCGUAGGCGUACCGGGCGAGUUAAGAGGCCUCGAAUAUGCGCAUAAGAAAUUUGGCGCAUUACCGUGGAAAGACGUUGUGUCACCUGCCGCCGAUGUAGCAGAACGUGGAUUCACCGUUUCGGCGGACCAAGUACGUUAUAUGGAGUUCGGUCUCUCAAUAGCUGGCUGGAACUUCUUGACCGAGGAUCCGUCAUGGGCUGAGGAUUUCGCCCCGAACGGAACCUUGGUUAAGCUCGGCGACGUCAUGACAAGAAAACGCUAUGCGGAGACUCUUAAACAAAUUGCGAAAUAUGGCCCCGACGUAUUUUACAAUGGUCCGAUAGCCGAGGCAACGGUCAAGCAUAUCCAGAAGCACAACGGCACUAUGACUCUGGACGAUAUGUCCAGCUAUGAGGCCAUCAUCCGCGAACCCAUCAGCAUCUCCUACCGGGGCUUCACACUGGUCUCCUCCGGCACCCCCAGCAGCGGCGCCGUAUGCCUCAGCACUCUCAAGACCAUGGAAGGCUACAGCGCCUCCUCACCCGACACCAACCUAACCCUCCACCGCUUCGACGAAUCCAUGCGCUUCGCCUACGGCGCACACCAAGCCCUAGGCGACCCAGCCUUCGUGCCUCACGCACCGGACCUCGAAGCCGUAAUGCUCUCCCCCUCCCACGCAUCCUCGAUCCGCUCACGAAUCCACGACGACCGAACCCAACCCGUCGAGAACUACGAUCCAGCCCACAUCUACGUGCCAACCGACCACGGGACCUCGCACAUCUCCACCGCCGACGGGUCCGGGAUCGCCGUAUCAAGCACUACAACCGUGAACCUGCUCUUCGGCAGCUUACUAAUGGUCCCUGAAACCGGCGUCGUGCUAAAUGACGAAAUGAACGACUUCUCCAUCCCAGGCUUCCACAACGAAUUCGGAUACGCGCCGAGCCCCGCGAACUACGUGCGCGCAGGCAAGAGGCCAUUAUCCUCCAUCACGCCCGUCAUCGUCGAGCGACCCUCCCCCAACCCCAACUCCAACACCAGCAUCCUAGUAGCAGUUGCAGGCGCAGCAGGAGGCUCGCGAAUCAUAAGUUCGACAACGCAAGUGCUAUGGCACAUGCUAGAGCACUCUCUCUCGCCACACUCCGCAGUCUCCGAGCCGCGGUUCCACGACCAAUUAAUGCCGAACGUAGCCACGUUCGAGUACGGCUUCGACAACGCGACGAUCGCGAGUAUGCGGGACCGCGGACACAACGUCACUUGGGUGCGCGAGGGGUUCAGUGCCGUGCAGGCUAUUCGCGUGGGUGAUGAUGGGGUGUUUGAGGCUGCGUCGGAGACGAGGCAGUCGGCUAGUGGGGGGUUGGUUUUAUAAGGGGGGUGUUGUGAUUUUGUAUUGUAUAAAUGUAGGUAUGUAUGUAGGAUGUCGGUGUUAUACAUAGGUAUCGAGGGAUAUAGACAUAUAUGUGUACAGGUCGCGAAUACGGACCAUAUCAUUGAUAUUACCUAGUUUUUCCUAUUCGUAAUGGC